AUGUCUCUGUCCCCCAAUAGCAAUGCGCUGGCCCUGAAGCGCAAGCUGCAGAGUGCGGACGCUCGCUUCGAGCCCGGGAAGCGGCAUCAUCUUCAAGGCUACGAUCCCCAGGCCCCAUGGCUCUCCGAAGCAAAGCAGCACAGUGGUUGGAGUCGGCUCGGGAAUCCGGCCGUGCAAAACUCCUUGCCACUGGAUAAUAUGGUCUCUGCCGUGCAGGACUUGAUUGAUCCGGACUUUGACCCGUUGACAGCUAUGUUGGAUGACGAGCCUAGAUUCUUGAAACCUUUACCAAAUUGUAUUGCGCCAGAGGAUGUCGAGUUCCUACGCUUUCGUGGGGCCUUGUCGAUUCCGGAGAGUGGAUUGCGGAAUGAGUUGCUCAGGUCGUAUAUCCAAUGGGUGCAUAGCUUUAUGCCAGUUCUGAAUCUACAGGAGUUUUUGCGAUGCGUCGCUGAGAAUGAUCCUAAUGGCAACGUUAGCGUGCUGCUCUUCCAGGCUGUCAUGUUUGUUGGGACGGCAUUUGUCGACCUUCAACAUUUGCAAGAUGCAGGUUAUUCUACCAGGAAGGAUGCUCGCAAUGCAUUCUUUACCCGAUUACGAUUACUAUACUCCCUCGAUUGCGAAGAGGAUCGCAUUGUCAUUCUGCAGACAGUCUUGUUGAUGACAUACUGGUCUGACCCCUGGAAUAGUCUACAGCGCGAUAUCUGGGAUUGGAUUGGAGUUUGCAAUAUACAAGCACAAUCAAUCGGAUUAAAUACAGACCCUUCAUCGGCGAGAGAUAUCGACCCAAAGACCCGACGACUGCGCACGCGAAUUUGGUGGUGUCUAUAUUCCCGAGAUCGGCUCAUAGCCAUGGGGAUGCGACGACCGCUACAAGUUAAUGAAGGAACUUGCAAUGUCCCAAUGCUUCGGAUGGAGGAUUUCGACUUCGAGCCCUUUUGCCCAUCGGCGGUGGCGCAAUUUCGCUGUCGUCAACUCGAAGACGUCUCGCAUCAAAAACGACUAGCAACGAUGUUCAUUGAGAAGGUGAAGCUUUGCCAGUGUAUCGGGAGAGUGUUAUUCGCACAAUAUGCCCCAUCACAGCGCCAGUUUGGCGCAACGGAUCGCACAACUGUUACCAUCGUCCCUGAGACAAGCCUCCGAGUCAGAAUUCACGCGAUGCUUUCGUUGCCGAAAGAUGCUCAAUUCAUACCGGCAUCAAAAAGCAAUUUCCGCGACGGUGAAGAUGUCCUACUUCUACACGGUGCUAUGCUACGUAUGCUCUUCCACGCUACAACGAGUUCCCUUCAUCGGCCGUGGGCAGCAAAUUCGAAAGAUCCAUCAAAAACCGGAGUGGAGUGGCGCGACGCUGCUCGCAAGAAAAUGCAUGACGCCGCUGCUGGCAUCACGCAUAUCAUUCAGGGCCUCAACCAACUAAAGCUGACGCGAUUCCUGCCUCAAUCUGGCGUUACGGUCAUUCUCCCUGCGGCAGUUGCCCAUUUAUCAAAUUCGAUGUCGGAUAACCCCGCUGUACGCGAGAGCAGUAUUUCCAACUUCCACCGCUGUAUCAAAGUUCUGCAUUGUCUGAAAGAUAUCUACCCAGCCGCCGAAAGCGAAUUUGCAAAUCUUGAAGCAGCUAUAAAGCUGCGUUCUGGAAGCGCCAACUCCAACACAUUCUUCCAGAUCAUGCAAAAUAACUUCGACCCAUCGCCCUCGCCCACUAACAUGAAUCCACCAAGGAGACCGAGCAUGGCCGAAUCUAUCGCAUCCCCAAUGAGUCAACGAUACGAACAGAACAGAAUGACAGAGACGAUGAACAAAGCACAGCCUCGUCAACGAACACAGUCUUCAUCCUCCACACCUCGACCCAAUAUCCAACAACAUCAAAGAAAGCCCAGCGCAGUGACGCCCCUGAACGAAUUCCCUAACCUAAAUCUCAACUCCAAUACCACCGACCCAAAUGCCAAUACUCAACACCAACGCCGUCCUUUCCCCAAUGACUUCGACGACCACUUCGCCGUAACAGAAACAAAUCCCACCCCAUCCACCGAUAACCCCUUCAACUUCCUAAACAUCGACUUCUCCACCUUCCCAAAUUUCUCCGACCAACCGAGUCAAGAAAUCAACAUCUCCCCCUCAAAUAGCGACCUGGAAGGCAUGGACUGGACACAAGCGCUAUUCAGAGGCUCGUCGACGAUACCCGAUCUCGAGAAAGAUCUUUUCGGCGAUGCCAGUUCGAAUACGAAUAGGACACAAAGCGUGCCGAAUCCGCAGGCCGAAAGCCAGGAAGAGCAUGAUCUUUUCCCUUUCGCUAUGAAGGAUGAUCAUGGGAGUCGGCAUCAUUCCGCUAGUCAUGUCUCUGGUAUCACGGGGGGAUCUGGAUCGGGAUUUAGGGUUUCAGACUGGCGAUGA